CAACGUGAUUUAAGUCAAUUAAACAUGUACAGCGAUGGAUGUGUUAAUUCCGUUCAGGAGCACGGUGCAUCAGUUCCAGAAGAAGAGUACACACCGCUGCUGGAAAAUAGAAAUGUAGAGCAGAACUUGACUGGUGCAUCCUUUGGUUCCUCCGUUUUUAAUUUGAUGAAUGCUAUCAUGGGAAGUGGGAUCCUUGGAUUGGCUUAUGCCAUGGCUAGUACAGGAAUACUUGGAUUUAGUAUCUUACUGCUAUUGGUUGCCAGUCUUGCCUCCUAUUCGAUUCAUCUUCUUCUUAAAAUAUGUGUUAGGACAGCUGUCACAUCUUACGAAGAUAUAGGACUCUUUGCCUUUGGCAUGUCUGGGAAGGUUUUAGUGGCGAGCACAAUUUUAAUACAGAAUAUUGGAGCUAUGUCAACCUACAUGUUAAUCAUCAAAUCUGAAUUGCCUGCUACCGUUGCUGGGCUUCUUCAUGGUGACCAUAAUGGGCCUUGGUGACUGUCUGGAAGAAUAGAGCUGUGUGUCAUCAGCAUAGUAAUGGUAUUCCCAUUAGCUGCAGUUCCUCUAACCAGUUUUCUUGGUUACACAAGUGGUGUAUCCUUUUUCUUUAUGAUCUUCUUUGCUCUAGUGAUCAUAAUUAAAAAGUGGUCAGUUCCAUGUCCUCUUCCAUCAAGCAUUUCUUUGGAUUACAUACAGAUUUCCAAUUCUACCGAUGACUGCAAGCCAAAAUUGUUCAACACUUCUAAAGGGAGUGCUUAUGCCAUACCUACUUUGGCAUUUUCUUUCCUUUGUCACACAUCUGUGUUACCCAUCUACUGCGAGCUUCGCUGCCCAUCAAAAAGGAGGAUGCAGAAUGUGGCAAAUACAGGCAUUGCACUGAGUGUCUUGGUAUAUUUCUUAUCUGCUCUGUUUGGUUACCUCACAUUUUAUGGCAAUGUGAGCUCACAGUUGCUACAGGAUUACAGUCGAUACUUUCCACAUGAUGUGCUCUUCAUGGUAGUUAGGCUGGCUAUACUGCUGGCCGUUCUUUUAACAGUCCCAUUGAUACACUUUCCGGCAAGAAAGGCGUUCAUGAUGCUGUUUUUCACCAGCUAUCUGUCAUCAUGGCUUUGCCAUAUCUUUGCAACUCUGCUGCUCAAUGUGGUUAUUGUUUUGUUAGCAAUAUUUGUUCCAGAUAUUAGGAAUGUCUUUGGAAUAGUUGGUUCUACUACCUCAACGUGUUUAAUAUUUAUAUAUCCUGGUCUGUUCUACCUCAAAGUUAGCAGAGAAGAUUUCCUGUCAUACCAGAAGCUUGGUGCACUUGCAUUGUUUUUACUUGGUCUUUGCAUUGGCAUUCUCAGUCUAACACUAGUAUUGAUUACUUUAAUCAACAACAAAUGAGAUACUCUACACAUGAGCUGUAAUUAACUACAGAUGGUCAACAUUGGAGCCCAGCGACUUUUGAUGCUCCUGCGUGAAGGAGAACAUCAACAUGCCUCAUGAACUAAUUCAUAUAAGUUUCUCUAUAAUCAACAAAUAUGUGACAAAAAUGAAAAGUUAAGUUCAGUGUUUACAGAACGGGGUCAUCCUUAAUAAACUGUACGUAUCACCUUUCAUUUGAACGUUCUCUCAUGUUUUUAAGCCCACCUUGAAGAGCACCGUUUUAGCUGAGGAAAACAUCUUCAAAAUGAAAUCUGAAAAUGACCAAUGUGAUUUUCAGUAGGCAUUGUGAAUAUAGUUGGUUCACAUACUUCAUUCCAAACCUGGUACCAAAAACUAAACAUUUUUAAUUUUUAUGAUGUGUGUAUUGUGAAAUGUUUAUAUACUUUGUGCAGUUCAACUUAAGUUUUUGACACAGAUUGAAAGGGUCAAAAUUUUGUAAGAAUUAAUAAUGUCUUAGGAUUUUUAAAUUAACUUCUGCAGGCAUAGAUAGGAAUUCAAAUGGAUGACUGCAGUGUUACGUGAGUCAUCUCUGUUUAUAGUACUGUAAACUUUUCCAUACUUUUUUUUAGAAUGUUAUAAAUCAAAACUAAAGUUUUGUCAUGUAUUAUAUUUAUCAUAUUCAAAAAAGUUAAAAUUUAUUUGGGAGUGCGGGUUUUAAAACACCUGCUCUGUAUUGCAUUAGCCUUAUGUUUACAGUAAAGAACUGCUGGAAAUUUGCACAAAUAUCUGUUGUGUUUAGCUUAAGUAAGCCAGAAGAACAUCCUGUUCUUUAUUACAUUUGCUAGCUUCUAGGCCAAGGGUUUGGUUCAAGCCUAGGUUUCAAGUACAGAUUCAAAAUGCAGUGUAAAGGGUUAAAAAUAGUGCUGCUAACAUAGAUAGUGGACACGUAUGAAAAUGCUGUUUGGUUUCUGCCUGUCUUAGCCAUGUAAGCAUAACCAAAAUUCUCUAUGACCAGUGGUAAUUUUCACUUGACAGAGAUCAUGUCAUAAAUAUUAGUCUGUUGUUUUAAAAUGAGUAAAGUCUUUGAGUUAAACAAGAGUUCUUCCCAUUACUUAAUAUGUUUUAGUUAAACUAAAUGCA